AGUGCAUCCCGGGGCUCGGCGCUGGGGCGGAUGGAAGAAGAAAACGGAGGUUCGGCGGCGACAUCCCCGUCAAUCAUGGCCGCCGAACAGCACCGGGACGCCGCUGCUCGCGCAGCCGUCGCCUUCGGACACUGACCGGGAUGCUGUACUUUCAAGUCCACCAGCGACCCAUUCGCUGAGCUCCGAGGAAACCUCGGGGCCGGGGGCCGCUGACGAGAGUGACACAGGAUCGGAGGAAGAAGCGUUGGGUUCCGCCUGAGCUCUGUGGUGUGGCUCUCUGUGCUACUUGCUUCAGGGAUGGUGAGACCAGUGACCUAUCCUCCCCACCUCCUGGCAUCAGUUAGCCCAAGUCCCCCAGCAUCCCAACAGCCCAGCAACCGGAUUACCUCACGCUGCCAUGACUGCUCUGUCUGACCUGCUUUCAGGAACUCACUAAUUCAUGCCCCGGAGUGUGAGUGGAGUGGAGAUGAGGAAAAGGCAAGCGGCGCACAUCGAGGUCCCGCCCCAGGUCCCGGGACAGCCCCGGGCCAACACCUGCUGCCUGUGCUGGUGCGGCUGCUGCAAGUGUCCCUGGACUGAAGAGCGGAUGGAGAGAAGUGAGCGACAGACCUGCACCAAGAUGGACAGUAUCGAAGCUGCAGAAGAUCAACAACCCAGCCUGGACCAGGUCCUGUCCUGGGCGCGGAGCUUCGAGAUGAUGCUGCGAUCGCUCGAAGGCCGGGAGAUCUUCCAGGAGUUCCUGAGGUCCGAGUACAGCGAGGACAACCUCCUCUUCUGGUUGGCCUGCGAGGAGCUCAGGAAGGAGAGCGACUUGUCGGUGGUGGAGGAGAAGGCCAGGAUCAUCUACGAAGACUAUGUGUCCAUACUGUCACCUAAAGAGGUGAGUCUGGACUCGCGGGUGCGGGAAGGCAUCAACCAGAAUCUGGCGCAGCCCAGCAGCCUGAUGUACGAGGAGGCCCAGCUUCAGAUCUACACCCUCAUGCACCGAGACUCCUUCCCCCGGUUCCUCAACUCCUGCGUUUACAGAGACCUCCUCGCCAGCAGGAGGCGCGCCUGCCUCGACACCUAGAGACCUUGCCCCACCUGAGGCCAGAAGACCACUAGGUCCAGUACUACUACGGUGCCAGAUGGCCCAACACAUCUCUCCCUCUUUCUUGAGUGAAGCUGCUUGAUCUUCUUGAAGCAGUUUCUACCCUUGACUGGUUAGUCCAAAAUAAUGUUGGCUGGUGAUGGUUUUCCACCAGCAGUUUGGUGCCAGGGGGAAGACUGGAGAUGGUCCCUGUGGACUCCUCAGGACCAGGAGAGACAGACAUGCCGAUUAUUCCUGUACUGUAACAAUUAGACCUCACUUUCAUUUCCACCUUUUGUUUUCUAUCAUUCUAGUCCACACAUGAGCCGCACCUCUGCAUGGAAUUCUCCCUUUGGAGUAGCUUAACUAAAUAAGCUCGCGACUGCAAGCGUUUUUUGGAAAUACGGCUUUUCAUCGGACUCGAAGACAAUUUAGGCUUUGUUGUUUGAAGGCAGCAGGAGCAUCCGUCCAUCCAAGCACUUUCCUUCUUUAAGUGGGAGAAGUAAGGGCUAAAAUUGUGGUCGGGCAGCUACGUGUACGACUAUUCAAUUAUUGAAGAAAGGCCAGGCCUUCACUUGUUCUGGAAGAGAAACAAGAAGCGGUGCUGCUGAGUUUUCAAUUUGUCCCGGAAGGAAACCACAGGUAGUCCCCCCCAUGCCCUGCUGAGAAGCCAGCCUGACAAGCACAGGUGAGGGCAAACAUGUUUUCUUCGAAGCUGGCCCUGGAUGAUGUUGUAGUGUGAGUCUGGGAUUAGCCAAACGCCAUCUUAAGUGGUCGAGCCGGCACAAGGCAGUUGGCAACUUGGAAUGACCGUGCUGGCGGCGACGUUUGAGUCAGUCGCUAGCAGUCCUUGUUUUUGGGUGGAGGCUCGUACUGCCAGGCCUCUACCUCUCUUACACACUCUUUGAAGCUGGCCCUGGAUGAUUUUGUAGUGUGAGUCUGUGAUUAGCCAAACGCCAGCUUGAGUGGUCGAGUCGGCACUGACAGUUGGCAACUUGGAAUGACCGUGCUGGCGGCGACGUUUGAGUCAGUCGCUGGCGGUCCUUGUUUUUGGGUGGAGGCUCGUACCCCCAGGCCUCUACCUCUCUUACACACUCUUUGAAGCUGGCCCUGGAUGAUGUUGUAGUGUGAGUCUGGGAUUAGCCAAACGCCAGCUUGAGUGGUCGAGCCGGCACUGACAGUUGACAAUUUGGAAUGACCGUGCUGGCGGCGACGUUUGAGUCAGUCGCUGGCAGUUCUUGUUUUUGGGUGGAGGCUCGCACUGCCGGGCCUCUACCUCUCUAACACACUCUUUGAAGCUGGCCCUGGAUGAUGUUGUAGUGUGAGUCUGUGAUUAGCCAAACGCCAGCUUGAGUGGUCGAGCCGGCACUGACAGUUGGCAACUUGGAAUGACCGUGCUGGCGGCGGCGUUUGAGUCAGUCGCUAGCCGUCCUUGUUUUUGGGUGGAGGCUCGUACUGCCAGGCCUCUACCUCUCUUACACACUCUUUGAAGCUGGCCCUGGAUGAUGUUGUAGUGUGAGUCUGGGAUUAGCCAAACGCCAGUUUGAGUGGUCGAGCCGGCACUGACAGUUGGCAAUUUGGAAUGACCGUGCUGGCGGCGACGUUUGAGUCAGUCGCUAGCAGUCCUUGUUUUUGGGUGGAGGCUCGUACUGCCAGGCCUCUACCUCUCUUACACUCUCUUUGAAGCUGGCCCUGGAUGAUGUUUUAGUGUGAGUCUGUGAUUAGCCAAACGCCAGCUUGAGUGGUCGAGCCGGCACAAGGCAGUUGGCAACUUGGAAUGACCGUGCUGGCGGCGACGUUUGAGUCAGUCGCUAGCCGUCCUUGUUUUUGGGUGGAGGCUCGUACUGCCAGGCCUCUACCUCUCUUACCCACUCUUUGAAGCUGGCCCUGGAUGAUGUUGCAGUGUGAGUCUGGGAUUAGCCAAACGCCAUCUUGAGUGGUCGAGCCGGCACAAGGGAGUUGGCAACUUGGAAUGACCGUGCUGGCGGCGACGUUUGAGUCAGUCGCUAGCCGUCCUUGUUUUUGGGUGGAGGCUCGUACUGCCAGGCCUCUACCUCUCUUACACACUCUUUGAAGCUGGCCCUGGAUGAUGUUGUAGUGUGAGUCUGUGAUUAGCCAAACGCCAGCUUGAGUGGUCGAGCCGGCACUGACAGUUGGCAACUUGGAAUGACCGGGCUGGCGGCGACGUUUGAGUCAGUCGCUAGCAGUCCUUGUUUUUGGGUGGAGGCUCGUACCCCCAGGCCUCUACCUCUCUUACACACUCUUUGAAGCUGGCCCUGGAUGAUGUUGUAGUGUGAGUCUGGGAUUAGCCAAACGCCAGCUUGAGUGGUCGAGCCGGCACUGACAGUUGACAAUUUGGAAUGACCGUGCUGGCGGCGACGUUUGAGUCAGUCGCUGGCAGUUCUUGUUUUUGGGUGGAGGCUCGCACUGCCGGGCCUCCACCUCUCUAACACACUCUUUGAAGCUGGCCCUGGAUGAUGUUGUAGUGUGAGUCUGGGAUUAGCCAAACGCCAGCUUGAGUGGUCGAGCCGGCACAUGGCAGUUGGCAACUUGGAAUGACCGUGCUGGCGGCGGCGUUUGAGUCAGUCGCUAGCCGUCCUUGUUUUUGGGUGGAGGCUCGUACUGCCAGGCCUCUACCUCUCUUACACACUCUUUGAAGCUGGCCCUGGAUGAUUUUGUAGUGUGAGUCUGUGAUUAGCCAAACGCCAGCUUGAGUGGUCGAGCCGGCACUGACAGUUGGCAACUUGGAAUGACCGUGCUGGCGGCGACGUUUGAGUCAGUCGCUGGCGGUCCUUGUUUUUGGGUGGAGGCUCGUACUGCCAGGCCUCUACCUCUCUUACACACUCUUUGAAGCUGGCCCUGGAUGAUUUUGUAGUGUGAGUCUGUGAUUAGCCAAACGCCAGCUUGAGUGGUCGAGCCGGCACUGACAGUUGGCAACUUGGAAUGACCGGGCUGGCGGCGACGUUUGAGUCAGUCGCUACCAGUCCUUGUUUUUGGGUGGAGGCUCGUACCCCCAGGCCUCUACCUCUCUUACACACUCUUUGAAGCUGGCCCUGGAUGAUGUUGUAGUGUGAGUCUGGGAUUAGCCAAACGCCAGCUUGAGUGGUCGAGCCGGCACUGACAGUUGACAAUUUGGAAUGACCGUGCUGGCGGCGACGUUUGAGUCAGUCGCUGGCAGUUCUUGUUUUUGGGUGGAGGCUCGCACUGCCGGGCCUCUACCUCUCUAACACACUCUUUGAAGCUGGCCCUGGAUGAUGUUGUAGUGUGAGUCUGGGAUUAGCCAAACGCCAGUUUCAGUGGUCGAGCCGGCACAUGGCAGUUGGCAACUUGGGAUGACCGUGCUGGCGGCGACGUUUGAGUCAGUCGCUAGCCGUCCUUGUUUUUGGGUGGAGGCUCGUACUGCCAGGCCUCUACCUCUCUUACACACUCUUUGAAGCUGGCCCUGGAUGAUGUUGUAGUGUGAGUCUGGGAUUAGCCAAACGCCACUUUGAGUGGUCGAGCCGGCACAAGGCAGUUGGCAACUUGGAAUGACCGUGUUGGCGGCGACGUUUGAGUCAGUCGCUGGCGGUCCUUGUUUUUGGGUGGAGGCUCGUACUGCCAGGCCUCUACCUCUCUUACCCACUCUUUGAAGCUGGCCCAGGAUGAUGUUGUAGUGUGAGUCUGGGAUUAGCCAAACGCCAGCUUGAGUGGUCGAGCCGGCACUGACAGUUGGCAACUUGGAAUGACCGUGCUGGCGGCGACGUUUGAGUCAGUCGCUAGCCGUCCUUGUUUUUGGGUGGAGGCUCAUACUGCCAGGCCUCUACCUCUCUUACACGAUCUUGGUUUAUUUUUCUAACGCCGACUCUGGCCGCAUGCGACGAUAUCGUACUUGAAAGAAGCAUUUUUUUCAACGCAGGUGCCGCCAAAUGUCCCGCCAACAUGUUUGGUUUUGACGGCGGACCAAACUGAAAUAUUCACCGUUUUUCUGUCGACUGUUUUUCACAACGGCGCUACCUUUCGGAGGUAGCGUCAGGGGCGCCCGUUCUGUGGCGUUGUAUACGUGGUGAGCUGCAUGACGUUGUGUGAGACACAUCUGCCAAUAAAUGCUGCAGUGUUCGAGGAAACCAAGAACAGGAUGUUACCUCCUGACCUUGUUGACGUGCCAAAUUGGAUUUAUUUGACCCAGCCUGGCAAAAGUGCAAUUGCGAGCAACGUUGUAGUUAAAGGCCUACUCAAAUGAGAUUUUUUUAUUCAAAAGGGGAUAGCAGGUCCAUUCUAUGUGUCAUACUUGAUCAUUUCGCGAUAUUGCCAUAUUUUUGCUGAAAGGAUUUAGUAGAGAACAUCGACGGUAAAGUUUGCAAGUUUUGGUCGCUAAUAAAAAAGCUUUGCCUUUACCGGAAGUAGCAGACGAUGUGCGCGUGACGUCACGGGUUGUGGAGCUCCUCACAUCCUCACAUCGUUUACAAUUAUGGCCACCAGCAGCAAGACCGAUUCUGACCGAGAAAGCGACGAUUUCCCCAUUAAUUUGAGCGAGGAUGAAAGAUUUGUGGAUGAGGAAAGUGAGAGUGAAGGACUAGAGAAAAAAAACUAGACGGCAGAGUGAUUCAGAUGUUAUUAGACAAAUUUACUAGGAUAAUUCUGGAAAAUCCCUUAUCUGCUUAUUGUGUUACUAGUGUUUUAGUGAGAUUAUCCCUUUCCAGUGGCCUAAUGGUUAGAGUGUCGGCCCUGAGAUCGGUAGGUUGUGAGUUCAAAUCCCGGCCGAGUCAUACCAAAGACUAUAAAAAUGGGAGCUAUUACCUCCCUGCUUGGUACUCAGCAUUAAGGGUUGGAAUUGGGGGUUAAAUCACCAUAAAUGAUUCCCGGGCGCAGUACCGCUGCUGCCCACUGCUCCCCUUAGGUCCCAGGGGGUGAUCAAGGGGAUGGGGUCAAAUGCAGAGGACAAAUUUCAUCACACCUAGUGAAUCAUUGGUACUUUAACUAACUUAAUAUGGUCGCACUCGUACCUAAAGGUCGGAGGGGUGUGGCCACGGGUGUGGUGACCGCCAGUGUCUCUGAGGGAAGCCACGUUUCUCGACGAGACGAAGGGGCUGAGCUUUUUUCCCCUCUCCUCCACGGUGGAAGCAUCCCACGUUCGGAGGCGGCCAGUCGGAGGAGGCAAGAGAGGCCGAAGCUGCCUCUUCGACAGGUGCACGAGGAACGACGCAAGCUCCGCUCAUGUGUACGGCAAGAGCCGACUUAUUACCACAAUUUUCUCACCGAAACCUGCCGGUUGACAUGUGGUAGGGAACCAUGUUCGCUUGACCGCUCUGUUCCAUAGUAAAGCUUCACAGUCAUCUUUCGGGAAUGUAAACAAGGAAACACCGGCUGUGUUUGUGUUGCUAAAGGCAGCUGCAAUACACUGCUUCCCACCUACAUCUUUCUUCUUUGACGUCUCCAUUAUUAAUUGAACAAAUUGCAAAAGAUUCAGCAACACAGAUGUCCAGAACACUGUGUAAUUACGCGAUGAAAGCAGACGACUUAUAGCUGGGAUCGGGCUGGAACAAAAUGUCCGCUACAAUCCGUGACGUCACGCGCACGUGUCAUCAUACCGCAACGUUUUCAACAGGAUACUUCGUGCCAAAUUUAAAAUUGCAAUUUAGUAAAGUAAACCGGCCGUAUUGGCAUGUGUUGCAAUGUUAAUAUUUCAUCAUUGAUAUAUAAAAUAUCAUACUGCGUGGUCGGUAGUAGUGGCUUUCAGUAGGCCUUUAAAUACUAACUGCGCGAAUACGUUUCCCAAGAGUUGAUUUAUUGUGACUGAUUUCAGUCGUACAGGCCAAUCUUGUCCUUGAAUGUUCUGAACUCCUGUGGAUGUAGCUCAACUAGAUGAUUUAGCCAGUGCGCUCCUCACAGGCAACGCAUGGCAUUUCUUGUCUGAACUCCUUUCAUGGGUUCACUCAAUAUUGUGUUUGUGGGCAAAAGCUUUUUAUUUGCCACUAAAAAAGAUGAACGAUGUUGAAGUUUCUGUCAGACGCUAGCAACAGCCAGGUCCAGCGCAGGAAGCGCCAAGGUGUGCAUGCACGAUGGACGCUCUUGUCUCCCUUUCAGACGGCUGGUCUUGCUUUGAGAGCAGAAUGUAACAUAUACCUUUAAUGGUGCAAUUCAAACAAGUUUACAUUGCUAAUAACCGCUGUUUGUUGUGACGGAGAUAGAUAUCUUUUUAAAUCCUAGUCAUAUUUGGAAACAGCCAAGUGGUGUGCAUGCGUUAGACCUUGGAGCUUUAGGAAUGUAAGGAGUAGAACAACUCCUUCUUCUUAUCUCAUCCUGUUUCCAGCUGAGGAGGCACAACAGGCAUAUGUGUUCGUUCCGGUGGGUGGGGGCGAAAGAGAGAUAUUGAAGGAGACAGCGCUUCCGUGAAACGUUCAGAUCAAUUUGGGCAAUGCGAUUGAAAGGUUGUAUCUAGAUUGGUCUCCCAAAGCUUUGGUAAUUAAAUAUCAAAAAGAGCAACUCUGUCUCGGAUUGAUUUAAAACCAGCUUAUGUGUCCUCGAAAGAACCUGGGGGGGGUGACCGGCGGAAGAACUGGUCCAACGCAACAGUUGCUAAGACGCUCAUGGUUAGCAUUUGGGAGAGGUGAAUUAUUUAUUGUGUCUCGCCAGUGCGGGAAGGUGAGCGAGACUUUGAAAGGUGGCUGCAUGUGAUUGACAGCUGACGGCGUGCAGGAGGCCUUAUGGACUUAUUUCUUCUUCUCACUUUGAUUUUGUGGCCAACAAGUAGACUUUUCACUACCUCUCAUGUUGCUUAUUUAUUUCACAUCUAGCUUUUCCAUCUACUUGAAGCCUGACACUGUAAAAAAAAGAGGACAGAGAACACAGCAGACAUCCUCCUGUUGGAUUAUUUCUAUGUUUUGUGUCCAGAUCAACUAGAUGUCUACAAAUAAGAAUUCAGGAAAGCACCGUCUCUAAGGGCUAAUCCCAUUUUGCCUAUGCAAACACCUCGCUGAGGAUUGGUGGUGGGGACCGGGGCCAGGGACCACUGCCCUUUGCUGAUAGUCUUCAAUCGUCACUCCGCAAAAAAUGUACGCUUGUUUUUGUGUCUCUAUGAAAUCUGACAUCUACAUGAAAGAAGUAAGAAGGUAGUAUAAGAUGAUGAAAUAAAUGUGACGUCUGACAGUAUGCGGCUGGCGUCUUGCUAGGAUGAGUGACACAACGUAAGUAGCAAGCCAGCUGUGCCCCCCCCUCCCCUCCCCAUCUCACCUUCAAGGCCUACUGAAGUGAGAUUUUCUUAUUUAAACGGGGAUAGCAGCUCUAUUCUAUGUGUCAUACUUGAUCAUUUCGCCAUAUUGCCAUAUUUUUGCCUGAAAGGAUUUAGUAGAGAACAUCGAUGAUAAAGUUUGCAACUUUUGGUCGCUAAUAAAAAAGCCUUGCCUGUACCGGAAGUAGCAGACGAUGUGCGCGUGACGUCACGGGUUGUGGAGCUCCUCACAUCUGAACAUUGUUUACAAUCAUGGCCACCAGCAGCGAGAGCGAUUCGGACCGAGAAAGCGACGAUUUCCCCAUUAAUUUGAGCGAGGGUGAAAGAUUCAUGGAUGAGGAAAGUGAGAGUGAAGGACUAGAAAAAAAAAAGACGAGGGCAGUAGGGGGCUUCACGGUGGCAGAGGGGUUAGUGCGUCUGCCUCACAAUACGAAGGUCCUGCAGUCCUGGGUUCAAAUCCAGGCUCGCGAUCUUUCUGUGUGGAGUUUGCAUGUUCUCCCCGUGAAUGCGUGGGUUCCCUCCGGGUACUCCGGCUUCCUCCCACUUCCAAAGACAUGCACCUGGGGAUAGGUUGAUUGGCAACACUAAAUUGGCCUUAGUGUGUGAAUGUGAGUGUGAAUGUUGUCUGUCUAUCUGUGUCGGCCCUGCGAUGAGGUGGCGACUUGUCCAGGGUGUACCCCGCCUUCCGCCCGAUUGUAGCUGAGAUAGGCGCCAGCGCCCCCCGCGACCCCGAAAGGGAAUACGCGGUAGAAAAUGAAUGGAUGAAUGGAGGGCAGUAGGAGCGAUUCAGAUGUUAUUAGACACAUUUACUAGGAUAAUUCUGGAAAAUCCCUUAUCUGUUACUAGUGUUUUAGUGAGAUUAUAUGGUUGUAGCUGAAAGUCGGAGGGGUGUGGCGACCGCCAGUGUCUCCGAGGGAAGCCACGUUUCUCGACGAGGCGAAGGCAGCCGGGCUGAGAUUUUCUUUUUUCCCCUCCUCCACGGUGUAAGCAUCCGAUGGUCGGGGGCGGCCGGUGGGAGGAUGCAAGAGAGUCCGCAGCUGCAGGAAGAACGACGCAAACUCUCCGCUCAUUUCUACGGCAAGAGCCGACUUAUUACCACCAUUUUCUCACCGAAGCCUGCCGGUUAACAUGUGGUAGGGAACCAUGUUCGCUUGAUAGUAAAGCUUCACCGUCAUCUUUCGGGAAUGUAAACAAGGAAACACCGGCUGUGUUUGUGUCGCUAAAGGCGGCCGCAAUUACACCGCUUCCCACCUACAGCUUUCUUCUUUGACGUCUCCAUUAUUAAUGGAACAAAUUGCAAAAGAUUCAGCAACACAGAUGUCCAGAAUACUGUGAUGAAAAGAGACGACGGUGCUGGACCAAAAUGUCCUCUACGACGCAUGACGUCACGCGCACGUGUCAUCAUUCCGCGACGUUCUAGCAUGAUACCUCCACGCGAAAUUUUAAAUUGUAAUUUAUUAAACUAAAAAGGCCGUAUCGGCAUGUGUUGCAAUGUUAAUAUUUCAUCAUUGAUAUAUAAACUAUCAGACUGCGUGGUCGCUAGUAGUGGCUUUCAGUAGGCCUUUCAAUCCAUGUAGAAGUCCACCUUUUUCUCAUCUGUUCUUUUUGAAGGGCUGAGUGGAAGACAAAUGUGCUAACAAACAUGAGCUAGCUUGUCAAGUCAACUUCCUGUCUUUCUCCUUGUAUUUCCUGUUUGCAAAGAAGAUGAGGAUCGGGCGCGUAGCAAAGAUGUUUUGGGGUUCCUUGAUGUUUCUCUGCUGGUAAAAGUACACUGGAAAAGUUCAUGUGUUCACAUAAAUGUCAUUAUUUACAACGCG